UUGAGGCUAUGAACUUGUGAAUUCCCAAGGUAAUCACGGUUAAAUUAAUGUCUUUAAUUAAAAGAACGAACAGCGUGCUUUAAAUAUAGCCUCUGUUGUGUUGUGUUGUGUGUGUGUGUGUGAGCGUCGCCGCAUGGAAAAAAACGACCCAACAUACUCUGCCGGCAACGCAUCUCCUGGUGUGCAUUUGAUCGCGAUGUGCACCGAAUACCGCCCACUUUGAAGACGCCUUACCCAAAAAGAAAAAUAUCCUGCUCCGACCAGUUGCCUGAUCGUCUUUGGUAGACGUGCGCUAAGGAAGCGCAAAAAAUAUCAGCAGGUGGUGAAUAAAUUUCUCAAACCGGCGAAUAUCUCCUCAACCGCCGCUUAAACCACCGUCGCGACAUUGCGUGCCUACUUUAAAACCCGUCCAUUACGGCUCAUACGGACAUGUAAAGAUUUCCUUCGCUCUCUUUUGGAAUGCGCUUUAAUAACCUAGUGGAACAAGACGGUGGAUUAUGUUUGAGAGAGAGAAAGUGAAAUUAUUAUCCUCAACACAACCCUCAGCUGUGUGUUUGUGUGUGUACGCCGAAUGAAUGGCUAACUUUGAUUCACACUUCUUAUUGCCGUUUUGUACAUGCACACACUUUCCGUGCCGCCAUAAUCAUUCGCUCUGCUGCGCGCACACACUGGAAUUUGUUUACCGUUCUUCAUUUACCUGUUAGAUGAGAUGAUGGAAUUCUUGCUGAAUGGGCAUAUUUUUCUAUGUGGAUUGGCUAUUCUCGCGCUCCACUGAUUACGCGCCGGUAUGGAAUUGGCGUUUAUGUGUUAUGCCGAAGAGUGAAAACGUUUUAUGAUAUCUUUCACUUUUUUCUUCGUCUCUCGCUCUCUUACCGUCCACAAGUGCAACUGUUAACUGCACAAUCUCCUACAAGCGGUUGUAUUAUUUUCCAUGCUGACGGAUCUGUUGUCACACGGAGAAAAGUGGAGGGAUUUAUUGCUGACAGCGGCUGUUUGUCCGCCAUCUUUCGCCUUUUCCAUUUUGUAUUACUAUUACUUGAGCGAAUUUCGGCCCAGUGAAUUCUGUGCAUUGGAUGCCAGUUGAGCACUUGUUACAAUUUAAUGUGAUUCGCGCUGAUCGCUUUUGCCCACAGAAAAUGUAACGCUGACCACUUGGGGAUUUUUUUCCCGACGCUGUUGUCGAUUAUCCCCAAGCGAUGAGAGACAAUGCUUGAGAUGUGAUGCGGUUGAUGAAUGCUGGAUUGUUGAAUCGAGUGCAGUCUGUGCGUGGCCAUGGCGGUUCCAUUGUGCCGGUGUCGGGUGCUGUAUUUGGGCUGUGCAGUGCCCAAAAUAACCAAAGACGGUCUGCAGGGCAUCCAGGAUCCCCUGAAGGACAUCUAUCCCGAGGGCGGGGCCGCCGAUGUCACCGGGAUCGAUGCGUGGCUCAGCGUGUGGAGCAAUGGAUUACUGUUGGAGUAUCUGGAUUCGAUGGGGCUUACGGUGACGAAAUUCAUGCCCAUUGAGACGCUGCACUACUGUGCGGCGGUGCGCUACGUGGAGGUGACGGCCAUUAGCGCGUCCACGCCCAUCUCCGAAGUGGUGACUAUGCGGUUUUUCCCUCUAGACCAUCACCAAGCGGCGGCUAGUCCCCACCAUCCGCCGCUGUUUUCCUGUAUCAUGCGGCGCACAUCGGGAAUAAAAGUGUUAGAAUGUCAUGGAUUUAUCUGUAAGAACGAGAUGGCAGCCAAUGCCUUGGUUCGCGCAUGCUUUCAUGCGUUCUCCGACAGUAUGCAUUUACGUUUGUAUGACUUUGUCCCCCGCCAAGCCGUCCCGGUGAUCAUUCCCAAAACUAAGAGUAUUUUUAAGUUUGGCAAGAAAUCACGCUCCAAAUCACUGGGUCCGCCGCGGCUAAUUCCCAUGCGGCCGGCCGCCACGGUCAAUUUGGAUCCUUAUGCCAAUGUCAAUGGCAAUUACCGCAUCUACAAUGACUGGCGAUCCCCGUCGACCACCUCAUCAGGCACCUCUCGCCCGGUUUAUCUGGCCACGCACCCAACACCCCGCUUGGUGAAAUCGGCCGGCGGCGAUUAUCGUUAUGCAAGCAACGCAAUCUUGUCAUCAGCAUCCUCAUCAGACCGGAUUGGCAGUCAUCAGCGCAAAUACCAGCGCGUAUGGUCCGGUAGUAGCCAAUCCGGCUCGGAACGUGAGCAGUACAUUUACGGGAACAACCAACUUAAUGAUCAUUAUUCCACACCAUUGACCAACAGCCACACACAGCGACCGACCCGAGCCCGGGCCAACAGUCGGCGCAGUCAGAAUGACAGUGAUUACGCCGAUGUGGUGGUCAUGCGUCAUCAACUCCGCCACCGAUUAGGCUCCACGGACGACGUCUAUUCCGCGUCGGCCUGGACCAACCCGAUGACCUCAUACCAACCCGGCACGAAACCGCCGUCGAGAACGAAAGAAGAGUACUACGAAACCUCGGUGACCGAGACCAAAAAGGGCAAGAAGAACAACGCGAAAAUGGAAGAACACGAGCAGAGCAGUGUGACGUAUUACCGGACAAAUCCGGCACCGUACAUGAGCGAAUUGGAGCGUACUUUAUCCAAUGGACAGCAUCUGCCCCGGCGGAACUCCGGCUACAAACGCUACGAGUCAAUGCCGGAUUUAAACAAGAUUAACGGUGCGGAAGUGACGAAAGGCCGCGAUGAACUGCCGGGUUUGAUGAAUGGAAUGCGAUUACAGGGAUCAGCUGGCUCGGCUGACCAGACGUCGACCGGCAAUACGACACCGAUUUCCACGCCGGCUACCUCGCUCAACGAUAGCUUACGCGGCCGGAAACGCAACGGCCGACCACGGACGCCCGAGAUUCCCGAAGCUGAUUAUUAUCAUUGAGUUAAUUGAAAACGCACGAUUUGUGGUGGGGAUCGAGCGGAGCUCGCGAUCCCCGUUGAUGGGGGAGUGAUACAUGAGUUGUUGCCGGUACACAAAGUACGUGCCUGGCUAAUUACGUGCCUGUUUAAACGGACAAAAUCGUGUAUGCAGUGUUAUGCGAUCGGCGAGAUGGGUCGGUGCAUGGCCGCCUGUAAUAAGCGUUAGAUCAUCGGCAUACUGAACUAGCUUGUUUUCCCUAGCUUUGUAUAAUAUGAGAUCAGUUGAGGAAUUCUUCGGCGUAUUAUUAAGUAUGUACAGAUCUAGUUAGAGAAUUUAGACAGAGGCGGUGAACGAUCGUGAUUGUUUGUUUUUCUGAUGUUUAGAGAAGAAUCCACUUCUUUUCAAUGUCCUCUUGCUGCUUCUCGAGUGUAUAAAUAAAUGCACCGUUAAGAGA